AUGGAAAAAUUUAUUAUUGUAAAAGACAUCGUUAAGAACGUCCGAAGGUUCAACCUUAGAGGUAGAGCUCUGGAUUUUAAAAUUCGUAAAGUUCCUGAUAAUGCAGACCCUAUCAGAUGGGUCAGAGAAGGCAUUAAAGAAAUUGUUGAAAGGGGUAUGGAGGGUACAGAACCUAGUGAUCUGAUUGGGUUCACUUUCUGUAGUAGAGAUUUCAAACGAGGCGACGGGUGGAUAAGUUUUAGACCUGUAUCAAAAGUAAAAAUUGAGGAUAUAUGGGAUAUGAUCUCGAGUGUAUACCAAUCUAACUCGUCAGGUUUUAGUACAGAUACAUUUUGUCUGAGUGUAACAUCUGUGAAAAUACCUAAAGGUAGAGGUCGAAACGGUAAAUACAACACUUUUAAUGAGGAGUGUGUUGUUGUUGCUCAGGCACAUGUCAAUAAAGACCCUCUUUAUUCGAAAGUACGAAAGAAUACAGCCAAACUUCAGACUAUUAGAGCAUUAGAGUUAGUAGAGAGUUCUAUGGUCCAAAUUCCGCCUGAAGGGGCUGGUAUCCGUGAAUUAAAUCAACUCCAACAACACCUCAAAGAAUAUGUCAUAACGGUGUACAAGUAUGAACACGUACCCACCCCCCACCACUGCUAUAUGCCCACAGACACCGGGAAACCAACCAUGAAAGACAAGCUUUUCAUUUUUUAUGACCUAGAAAGUACACAAGAAAAACAGAUAGAGGACAAUUCGUUUCUUCACGAACCUAAUUUAUGUGUUUUUAAACAAUGUUGUGAAUUCUGUUUGGAUACACAACCUGAAAUUUGUGCAAAAUGCGGACCCAGGCUACAAAUAUUGAAAACCGAACCAGUACCUCGCUUUGUGGAGUUUGUAAUGAACCAAAGAAAAUUAUUUAAAAAGGUGUUCGUAAUAGGGCACGCCGGGGGUAUAUAUGACACACAAUUUAUACUCCGCUACAUUAUAUCAAAAACUAAUUUGAAAUCAGAACUAAUUGCUAGAGGUACUAAACUUAUAUCGCUGCAAGUGGAUAACGUCAAAUUUAUUGAUUCGCUGAGCUACUUCCCCAUGCCUCUGGCUAAGUUACCGAAGUGUUUUGGGUUAGAAGAUAUGAAGAAGGGUUAUUUCCCUCAUUUAUUUAACACGAUAGAAAACCAAAGCUAUGUGGGGCCUCUUCCAUCUAUCGAAUACUAUGACCCUGACAAUAUGAAAGAGGAUGAAAGAAAAGCGUUUAUUAAAUGGUAUACGGACCUGUCUACUCAAAACUAUGUAUUCGAUUUCCAAAAAGAAAUUGUUGAUUAUUGUAUAUCCGAUGUAGAUAUUUUGACUCAAGCUUGUUUAAAGUUUAGAAAGUUAAUAAUAAAAGAAGGAAACGUUGACCCUUUUACCGAAGCUAUAACAUUACCAGGAGCCUGUAACAAAAUUUUUCGCCGAAACUUCUUAAAACCAAAUACUAUAGGAAUAAUACCAAAGAAUGGGUACAGAUGGUGUGACAACCAGUCUAGAGUUGCUGUUCAGUGGCUUCUCUGGGAAGAACAUCAGCGUCAAAUAAACAUAUUGCAUGCGGCCAAACAGGAGGAGGUGGUUGUUGCUGGUGUUAAAGUUGAUGGGUUUUGCCCCGAUACUAAACAAAUUUUUGAGUUUCAUGGUUGUUAUUAUCAUGGUUGCCCUAAGUGUAUAAAGUACAACCGCGACAGUUUUACUUAUGAUGAUCCUUCACUAACAGUCGAGUCUCGAUUUGAAGCAACUGUUGCAAAGACGGAUAGACUGCGUGAAAUGGGGUAUGAGGUAGUUGAGAAAUGGGAGUGUGAGUUUAAAAACAUGUUAACACCAGAGAUAGAAUCAUAUGUUAAGAACCACCCUCUUCUUUCUUUAUUACCGUUAAACCCUAGAGAUGCAUUUUACGGUGGCAGAACAGGUGCUACAAAAUUGUACCAUAAAGUUAAAGACACCGAGAAAAUAAAAUAUGUAGAUGUUUGUUCAUUAUAUCCUUGGGUUAACAAAUAUGGGAAAUACCCUAUAGGACACCCUGAAAUUCUUUUAGGUGAUGACUGUAAGCAUCUGGACCUAAACAAAACCGAAGGAAUAAUAAAAUGUAAAAUACUUCCUCCUCAAGAACUUUAUCACCCCGUAUUACCAGUGAAAUCAAAUAACAAAUUAAUGUUCCCUCUUUGUCGCACCUGUUGUGAACAAAUGAGUGAAGAAUGUAGCCAUACCGAAGACGAAAGAGCUUUAAUAGGUACAUGGGUAAUGGAUGAAGUAAUAAAAAGUUUCGAAAAAGGGUACAAAAUGGUCGAAAUUUACGAAAUCUGGAAAUAUAAAACUGAACAAUAUAAUCCGAACACUAAGAGUGGGGGUCUGUUUGCGGAUUAUAUCUCUACUUUCCUUAAAUUAAAACAGGAGGCUUCGGGUUAUCCUGCAGAUUGUGAUUCAUAUGAAAAACAAGAAAAGUACAUUAAGGAAUAUCUCGAAAAAGAGGGGGUUAAAUUAGACCCCACGGAAAUAGAAUUUAAUCCUGGUCUCCGCCAAGUAGGAAAAUCAGUAAUCACGUCGUUUUGGGGUAAACUGGGUCAGCGUGAAAACCAAGUGAAAACGUCUAUUGUAAACGAACCCUCUGAAUUUUUCGACUUAUUAUCCGGUUCAUUUGUGGAAGUACAUAGCGUCUACCCUGUAGAUGAAAACGUUCUUAUAGUUAACUGGUCGUAUAAGGAGGAGGUAUACGAUUCUCUUCCCACUGUUAACGUUGCUCUAGCAGCAUAUACCACGGCUCAGGCACGACUAAAACUUUAUAGUUACUUGGAAAAACUCGGCGAGAGGGUACUGUACUACGAUACAGACAGUAUUAUUUAUAUAAGUAAACCAAAACAUUUUGAUGUGUCUUUAGGUUCUUUUCUCGGUGAAAUGACCAACGAACUGGAAGGGUAUGGAAAAGACAGAUUUAUCACUGAAUUUGUCCCUGGAGGCCCUAAAUUAUUUGCUUAUCGUGUAUAUUCCCCCGAUAAAAAUGAAUACCACGAUAUGAUUAAAGCUAAGAGUAUAACAAUAAACCACAAAACAUCUAAAACUGUAAAUUUUGAAAAACUUAGAGAUAUGGUUCUGAAAGAUGCUCCUCCCGAAUACAUCACUACAAAAAAUAUAUUAAGGACUCAGGGGCACGAAGUCAUCACGAAAGAAGUUACUAAAAUUUUUCGCACUAAUUUUAGAAAACGUCUACGUAUCGGGGAUUUUGAUUCUAUACCCUUCGGCUAUAAAAAACCAAAGUUAGAAAAUUAG